AUAAAUUACAGACUUAUCGGCAUCCAGUGUCUACGAAAUCUCACAGCCGCGAACACGUGCUCAAAAUGGUUCUAUCAAUGGAGAGAUGGGUGGGUAAAGUUGCCAUAGUAACGGGUGCUAGUUCCGGAAUUGGUGCCUCUAUUGCCGACACCCUGGUCGAACAUGGUCUAAUUGUAGUAGGCGUAGCACGUCGUUCUGAAAUAGUUGAAGAAAGAGCAAAAAAGUUAACAAGCAAGAAAGGAAAACUCCACGCAGUCAAAGCAGACUUUACAAAAGAAGACGAAAUUUUAGGAAUUUUUGAAUGGACUACAAAAAAUCUAGGACCCGUCCACAUUCUUAUUAAUAACGCUGGGAAAGCAUCAUUUACAAACUUGACAGAAGGCCCAACUGAAGAAUGGAGAAAAAUUUGGGAUCUGAAUGUAAUGGGAUUAUGCAUUGCCACUCGAGAAGCUGUGAAAAUUAUGAAAGAAAAUAAAAUAAAUGGACAUAUUGUGCACAUUAAUAGUGUCUUAGGUCAUAAAGUUAUACAUUUGUCAACUUUGAACGUUUACCCGGCGUCCAAAUAUGCUGUUACGGCAUUGACGGAGACGCUGAGGCAAGAAUUCAACCAUUUGGGUCUUAAAAUCAAAGUUACGAGUGUCAGUCCUGGUUUAGUAGAAAGUGAAAUGACGACGGGCAAUAAAGAUCUUCCUGAAGACAGAAAAGCUGCUUUAAAGAAGACUCAGGCAUUAAAACCUCAAGAUAUUGCCGAUGGAGUUGUCUAUGCAUUGUCGACUCCAGAACAUGUACAGGUUCACGAACUCACUAUUAAACCCGUUGGUGAAACAUUUUGAAGAAGUUUGGUUAUAAAUAUUUUUCUUUCAAAUAAAAAUAAAACACUUUUUUUACUUU